UCUUCAAGCAGACUCGAAUCGGUGUCAUUUCUUCUCUCUUCGUUCUUGCUAUGUCCCGUUAGGGUUCCAAAACUGUUCAAAUAUCUGCGAAGUUCAAUUCUAUUACUCGCUCGAUAGGUCAUGGAGAGGAGAAUGUCACUGGAAGGUACUGCAAUCUCCGACUUGGACGAUGGCAGCAGAGCUAAGGGGUCUAUUCUGUCAACGGUGCAACCAAACUACGAUAGCAAGGCUGUAAAGGAGACAUUGAAGCACUUAGCAUCAAUUGAUCUAAUUGAAUUGUGCAAUGAGGCAAAAGUUGAGUGCUGUCGGGCAACUAGAGACUUAAGGAGCUGUGGACGCUAUGUGGAUUCUGUGUUGAAUUCAUGUGGACAUGCGUCACUUUGUGCAGAGUGUAGUCAACGUUUUGAGCUAUGUCCAGUUUGUCGGGCUCCAAUACCAACAAAUGGCAAUAGAGUCCGGCUUAGACUUUAUUAUGAAUGCAUAGAGGCCGGUCUUAUCUCCAAAAGAUGUGAUGAUAGAUUUCAAAAGAAAGAUGGUGACAAGCACUUAUCUGCCGAUGUUGAACGUCUUUAUUGUCUAUUUGAUGUUGCCACGGAUAACAAAUUGGUUUCUUUGAUCUGCCAUUAUGUUACGGAUGUUUGUAUGGAUGAAAGUGCUGUGUCCAGUGAUCCAGCGAUUGCUUUUCUUUUGGAUGAAGUGGUUGUUAAGAAUUGGUGCAAGCGGACUUUCAGAAACAUCAUCAGAGAUCUUCGGGAUAUUUAUACCCUUGUUACAGAAGAGAUGGAAAGUAAAUUACGUUUACUUUCGAAGUUUUUGGUGCGGCUUACCGCGAUUUCCAAUGUUCUUGAGGUUUUGGAAUUAGCAUUCCAGGAAACUCUUUCUGCACAGUUUCAUGACUUGCAUCACCUUCAGGAGAAUGUAUCAAAGGCAAAGCAGCAUUUGGAGAUCAUGACUUGGUGUAUAAGACAUCAGUUUCUUGAGAAUGUCAGGUCACGUUAUUCCAACUUCACUUCAUGGCACUCUGUUGUUCGUGAAAGGAAAUCAGCUGCAAUGAAGCGUUCGUGGCCAGAGUCAAUAAAUAAAUCUGCUGGAUCUGCCGGGCAGGAUGGAUCCACUCUCUUCAUUGAAGAUGCACUGUCAAAUCUUGAGAGAGAACAGGGAUAUGAACUGGGAAUGAUGGAGGACCUAGAAGUUACAUCCCUGCAGAAGAAGGAUGGGGGUUUGUCAUUCUUCAGGUCUAAAACGGAUGGGGUUGAAGGGUGCUAUCCAUUUGAAGAUUUACGAAUUGCUGCAGAUAUACUUUUUUUACAUGGAAGCUCGGAUAUGAUAGAAGCAAAGCGAGCUAUUUUCCUCUACUACUUGUUUGAUCGGCAUUGGACGAUGCCUGAUGCAAAAUGGAGGUAUUUAGUAGAUGAUUUUGCUGGUACCUUUGGUAUAACCAGGCAUUCACUACUGGAAUCCUUGACAUUUUAUCUUCUUGAUGACCAUACAGAUCAAGCUUUGCAGGAAGCUUGUCACCUGCUCCCAGAAAUUGCUGGCCCCGCAAUGCAUGCAAAGAUCACACAAGUUCUACUAGAGAGACAGAAUCCUGAUGCUGCACUGAUGGUUUUACGGUGGUCUGGACGUGAUGGAUUGUGUGCCUACGCAAACACUGAACAUGGUGAAGCACAAUUAGUUACACUAUGUGAAGCGGUGACAGCUGUUCGGGUGAGAGUUGAAUGUGGACUCUUGACUGAAGCCUUUAUGUACCAGAGGACACAUUGCAUGAAAGUGAAGGAAGAUAACUUGAAGCACGGAUCAUCCCAGGCCUUUUCGGAUGGUUUAAAAGGUCAUUUUGAGACUUGGGAGGACCGAAUGGAGGCAUUGGUAUCAGAAAUUUGUUGUCUAUGUAUACGAAGAAAUUUGGUUGAUCGAAUGAUAGAGUUGCCUUGGAAUUUUGAUGAGGAAAGAUAUCUCCAUAGAUGCCUCCUGGAAUAUGCCACUGAAGACCCUUCAACUACUGCUGGUAGUCUUCUUGUGGUAUUCUAUCUUCAGCGCUUUCGGUACAUUGAGGCAUAUCAAGUUGAUUGUAUACUUCAGAGCUUAGAGCAAGACUUCAUCUCAAAGACUUCUAUUGAUGAGGGUAUUAUUUCGAGGAUAAGAUCAGUGAGCCACUGGAGAGGAGGAUUGGUUGAUAAAUCCAUUGAGUUGCUGCCGGAAGUACAACAGCAACAAUUGAAGACAGGAAGCUGGCCUGACAUUGGUAUUUCUGAUGCUAAGGAACUUGAAAUUCCUGCAAUAUCUGAACAAACUGAGGUACAGCAACCACAUUCUACUGGCUUUGUGGUUCCUUCUACUGCCGAUUCCCUUAUUCUUCGGAUGGAUCGUACCAUUCCUCCCAAAGAAACUUCAUCUUUUGACACUCCAGCUAAACUUGGUGGAUCAUUCAGCAGUUCCCACCUUGAACUUGGUUCCCAUCCUCCUCCAUAUAUUCUUCGUGCGAGAUUACCUACCACUGUUGGGGGUCCAUCAACUCCUCGCAACAGAGACAAUUUGCAUUCAAGUCAGAGUUCUGCCAGAGAACAGAGACAACAAAUUAGUAUAACACAGAAGUUCAAUUUUGAUGGUGUCCGAGCUCGUGGAGUUCUCCGGGCUAGUCCUCAAAGUCCUACAUCUUUGAAAAAUUUGAAUAGGGGUUCAAUGAAGGUUCUCCAGAGUAAUUACCUUCAAGACGACCAAUUUGAUGAAUUUUCCCCUGGAAUGGAACAAAAUGGGUUCAUUAACCAUGUGGAAAAUGCUCGUCCUUGGUUUCCUCGUCAAGUUACAGCUGAUCCAAUGACUACGCCUAGCAGCAACCACCACUUAAAAGAUUCUCCCCAUGAUCCAGAUCCCACUGUGUCUGGAAAACAACCUGUAUCAGAUAAACCUUGGACUACGAUUUCCCCUGAUGACCCAAUGGACGUCUCUUGGAGCUCUGGAAAUAGAAAGUUGGGUGUUGGCAUCAUGAAUACACAAAAUGGGUUGAGGUGGAGGUCCGAUGAAGCCAGCGAGGAUGAAGAGGAGCCAAGCCCAGAGGUAAUGUAUGGUGGAGCUUCUUUUGCGACACCCUUGAGGGGAAAGAGAAGAAGCAUGCUUAUUAGAUGAUGAAGGUUGCAUCUGUUUACAACUUGCAUGUAUCUGUAGCCCUCCUCCUUUGAUCUAUAUUCCAUGUCAAUCACCUCAGUGGGCUUCAUUUUGAGAGGAUAAAGCAGCUUUUUAUCACAGAUGAUCUGGUGAGAGCAGGAUCCUUUGAUCACAUAGGUUGGGGAUGCAGUGCUCAUAUAUCCCUAGUUUCUCAUGCGAGUCCAGUCACUGAUACCAGUAGAAAUAUAUAUAAAGUUACUACAGGCAUUCAAUCAAA